GGGUGCUGCAGGACCCUUGGGUGCUGCCUGGACUCUGGGUCAGAGGCUCAAGGUCUGAGCUCAGGUCCAGACCCGGACUCGAGUCAGACCCGGAUAGAAAAGAGACUAAACCCGGACCCGAGUCUCACUGAGGUCUUGUCCUUAGACCUUGGUCCUGGUCUUUGUCUUGUCCUGGUCCUGGUCCCGGUCCGGUCCCGGUCCUGGUCCAGAUGUCUCGUCCGGUUCUGGAGGUGGUCCGUUUGGGUCUGGUCUCGUACUCUGAGGCCAUGAGGGUCCAGAAGUUCUACGUAGACCGCUUAAAGUCCCGGCCGGGUUCCGCCUGGACCCUGCUGCUGUGCGAACACCUCCCGGUCUACACGGUCGGGAUCCGGACCUCCCCGUACCCGGACCCGGACCUGGACCUGCUCAGGACCAAAGGAGCCGAGGUCCACAAGAGCGACCGAGGAGGCCUCAUCACCUUCCACGGACCUGGACAACUGGUCUGCUACCCCGUCCUCCACCUGGGCCGGAUCAACAAGAGUAUUCGGUGGUACGUCAGUACUCUGGAGACUUCAGUCGGUGACGUCCUCAGACACUUCGGGCUCAAAGUUCAACCUUCUCCUCACACUGGAGUCUGGACCCGAGACCAGAAGAUCUGCUCCAUCGGGAUCCGCUGCAGUCGUCGCGUCACGUCUCACGGUUUGGCGUUGAACUGUGACAUGGACUUGUCGUGGUUCUCGCACAUCGUCCCCUGUGGGCUGGACAAAGGCGUGACGUCCCUGAGCCGAGAGACGGAGACCGAGGUCCGGGUGGAGGACGCCGUGGACCCUCUGCUCCACAGCUUCUGCCAGAACUUCAACUGUGACCUCCAAGAGACGACGGAGCCUCACCCUCACCUCCUCCACCUCCACGACUGACCACAGGAGACCCACCACCUCCAUGAGUGACCUCCAGGAGACCAGGGAACCUCCUUCUCACCUCCACGAACUCCAUGACCUCCACGACUGACCACAGGAGACCCACCUGCUCCUCAGCUUCUGCCAGAACAUCACCUGUGGCCUCCAGGAGACCACAGAACCUCCUCCACCUCCACGUGUGACCAGGAGAACCAAACAGAUCCAGGUCAGAGGAACAAAGGAGAACUGAGAAACCGGAGAGAAGAUCUAAACAUCUCCUUCACGUUUGACCCUGUGACCUUCUCGUGUCUGUCGGCAACAAACACGAGAGAAAAACAUUUAGACUUUGAGAAGUUUCUCCAUAAACCUGAGAGUUUCACUUUGGAUCAGAACACGAUGAAAUCAAAUAUUUUAAUUUGAAAAAAAAAAUAAAAAUGAAAAAAUAUUUUACUGGUCUGAAAGAGAUUUAGUUUUGGUUUAGUCCUGGUUUAGUCCUGGUUUAGUCCUGGUUUAGUUCUGGUUUAGUUCUGGUUUAGUCCUGGUUUAGACCUGGUUUAGUUCUGUUUUAGUUCUGGUUUAGUCCUGGUUUAGUCCUGGUUUAGUUCUGGUUUAGUCCUGGUUUAGUCCUGGUUUAAUUCUGGUUUAGUCCUGGUUUAGUCCUGGUUUAGUUCUGGUUUAGUUCUGGUUUAGUCCUGGUUUAAUUCUGGUUUA